GGGAACAAACUUCAGAACGAGGAGAGACGCAGGGCCCAGGGCACCCUCGCAGGCUGACCCAGGCAGUGAGGGCCUGCGGCCGGCUGGCCAGGGCAGCGGCGUGGCGGCGGGCGCGGCGGGGACCUGCGUGAGGAAGCCCUGAGCCCUCGGCGGGCUGCGAGCGACUCCCCGGCGAUGCCUCACAACUCCAUCAGAUCCGGCCACGGAGGGCUGAACCAGCUGGGAGGGGCCUUUGUGAACGGCAGACCCCUGCCUGAAGUGGUGCGUCAACGCAUCGUGGACCUGGCCCACCAGGGCGUGCGGCCCUGUGACAUCUCCCGCCAGCUCCGAGUCAGCCAUGGCUGUGUCAGCAAGAUCCUUGGCAGGUACUACGAGACCGGCAGCAUCCGGCCUGGAGUGAUAGGGGGCUCCAAGCCCAAGGUGGCCACCCCCAAGGUGGUGGAGAAGAUUGGAGACUAUAAGCGGCAGAACCCCACCAUGUUUGCCUGGGAGAUCCGAGACCGGCUCCUGGCGGAGGGUGUCUGUGACAAUGACACUGUGCCCAGUGUCAGCUCCAUCAACAGAAUCAUCCGGACCAAAGUACAGCAACCGUUCAACCUCCCCAUGGACAGCUGCGUGGCCACCAAGUCCCUGAGCCCAGGACAUACGCUGAUCCCCAGCUCAGCCGUAACGCCCCCAGAGUCACCCCAGUCAGAUUCUCUGGGCUCCACCUACUCCAUCAACGGCCUCCUGGGGAUCGCUCAGCCUGGCAGCGACAGCAAGAGGAAAAUGGACGACAGUGACCAGGACAGCUGCCGGCUGAGCAUCGACUCCCAGGGCAGCAGCAGCGGGCCCCGCAAGCACCUGCGCACGGACGCCUUCAGCCAGCACCACCUUGAACCGCUCGAGUGCCCAUUCGAGAGGCAGCACUACCCGGAGGCCUAUGCCUCCCCCAGCCACACCAAAGGCGAGCAGGGCCUCUACCCGCUGCCCUUGCUCAACAGCGCCGCCCUGGACGACGGCAAGGCCACCCUGACCCCUUCCAACACACCCUUGGGGCGCAACCUCUCGACUCACCAGACCUACCCAGUGGUGGCAGAUCCUCAUUCACCCUUCGCCAUAAAGCAGGAAACCCCCGAGGUGUCCAGUUCUAGCUCCACCCCUUCCUCUUUAUCUAGCUCCGCCUUUUUGGAUCUGCAGCAAGUCGGCUCCGGGGUCCCAGCCGGUGCCUCGGUCCCGCCCUUCAAUGCCUUUCCCCAUGCUGCCUCCGUGUACGGGCAGUUCACGGGCCAGGCGCUCCUCUCAGGGAGAGAGAUGGUGGGACCCACGCUGCCCGGAUACCCACCCCACAUCCCCACCAGCGGGCAGGGCAGCUAUGCCUCUUCUGCCAUCGCAGGCAUGGUGGCAGGAAGUGAAUACUCUGGCAAUGCCUACGGCCACACCCCCUACUCCUCCUACAGCGAGGCCUGGCGCUUCCCCAACUCCAGCUUGCUGAGUUCCCCAUAUUAUUACAGUUCCACAUCAAGGCCAAGUGCGCCACCCACCACCGCCACGGCCUUUGACCAUCUGUAGUUGCUAUGGGGACAGUGGGAGCAACUGAGCACCAGGAGGACUUGGCCUGGGACAGGCCCCAGAGAGUCACACAAAGGAAUCUUUAUUUAUUACAUGAAAAAUAACCACAAGUCCAGCAUUGCGGCGCACUCCCUGUGUGGUUGAUUUAAUGAACCAUGAAAGACAGGAUGACUUUGGAGAAGGCCAAACUGUCCUCUAAGACUCCUUAAUGAGGGGCAGAAGUCCCAGGGAGAGAGAACUGUCCCGUUCCAAAAGAGACACACUUGGAGGAGAAAUAUGGAGAGAAGAGCGGAGCAGCCGAGGAGCUCGAGAGGGAUGGCGCAUGGGCCCACGAUGGGCUUAGGGCCACACCGAGGCCCCCGUGGCUCCACCAUCGACAUGCUCUUGCAGGCACGGGCUGUGCGCACCUCUGCCCGGCCCCCACACUGCAGCCGGGUGCCCGGGCUCUCCCUCGCUGCCCCCCUGAGAGUCACCUCCCGCCUGCCCCACAACUGAGGCUCCGGCUGUCCACCUUCUCCACUCAGUUUGCUUGGCAUUUCUACACCUCCCUCUUGGCCAGGGCGGAGGGCUGGGUCGAGUCGAAGCCCGAAGCUCCACCGGAUGGUCCCCGGGGCCUUCCUGUGGCCUGCUGCUGAGAAUGUGUGAGCACACCCCAGGUUCUCCUCCUGUGGAUCAUUCCCUCGUAGCCAGACCAGCCCAUUCCAGCUGGAGACAGACAUUCCCAAGGGCC